CAAAAGAUAAGAAGGGUAAUGAUUUUUGAAGAGUGGCGAUGAAAUGAAGAUCCAACAUUGAGACUAAAGAGGACGCUAUGGUUUAGAAUAAUUACGGGAAUAUGCCACGCCAUGCUAUUAGAAUUUUCUUUUCUUCCUCAAUAAAUACACUACUCUUUUAGGCUUAAACUUUUUUUCCUUUUUAUUCUAUUCCUCUGCUCUGCGUGCUUGCCUUCCACUUUCCCCACCAAAUAUCCCAAUUCCGCCACAAAACAAUUAAAAUUGAUGGGAAAAAAAUCGACGCCGGCGGAGGAAGAAGAAGCGCUGCCGGAGCAUCUGCGGUGCAGCCGGACGGACGGGCGGCAAUGGCGGUGCCGGCGGCGAGUGAUGGAAAACCUAAAGCUGUGCGAGAUUCACUACCUGCAAGGUCGGCAUCGGCAGCACAAGGAGAAGGUUCCGGAGUCGCUCAAGCUUCAGAGGAAGAGGAAAAACGACGCCGUUGCGGUUGAGAUUGGGGCCAUGAGGAAGCGGAAAUCGGCGGAGGCGUUGGCCAGUAGGAGGAAGCAAUUGGAGCUCAUAAGGAUGGUUCUGCAGAGAGAGGUUGAGAAGAAGAGGAAGAAGGAAUCGCAAUUGAAUUUGCAUUCGCAUUUGCAUUUCAAUCACGAUUUGCCGAAUGCGGUUGUGGCUAUCGGCUCCGCUUCAACGCCCAAUGUGGCUUCUUCUCGCUGCGAUGUUGUUGGUGUGACACCGCGUUACUUCAGGUCCAAGAAUGUUGAGAGGGUCUCUGUUGGUAAGUUGCAGGUUGUGCAGUGUGAACGAACCUUGAAGAAGGGGAGGAGGAAGAAGUGUCAUUGGUGUCAGAGAAGUGAUUCUUGGAGUCUUAUAAGGUGUUCAAGCUGCCAGAGAGAGUUUUUCUGCAUGGAUUGCAUUAAACAACGGUAUUUUGACACUCAAAAUGAGGUUAAGAUGGCAUGUCCGGUUUGUCGAGGAACUUGCACCUGUAAAGAUUGCUUGGCAAGUCAAUACAGAGACAGUGAAAGUAAGGAAUAUUUGGCUGGUAAAAACAGAGUUGAUAGGAUAUUGCAUUUUCAUUAUUUGUUAUGUACGCUCCUUCCUGUACUAAAACAAAUAAAAGAAGACCACUAUUUGGACAUAGAAACAAAAGCGAAAACUAAAGGGAAAAGAAUUUCUGAUAUUCUCAUCAAGCCGGUCGAUUUUGGCUGCAAUGAGAAAAACUUCUGCAAUCACUGCAAAACACCCAUAUUGGAUCUUCGUAGAAGCUGCCUUAGUUGCUCCUACAAUGUUUGCUUAAGUUGUUCUCAGGCUAGUCAAGGAAGCACCUCUAAAGAAAUCAACUCUUCUAUAUCCAAGCUACCUGACAAAAUAAAUGCUUGCAUUUCUAGCAACCUUUUGGAUGAUAAGGCCAUUUCUAAUGGCAAUUUAACUGAUAUGUCAAUGUUACCGGAAUGGACAAGUUGUAGUGGUGCUGACAUUGUAUCAUGCUCACCAACAAAGCUUUGUGAUUGUGGUGAUAGCCACCUUGAUUUUAAAUAUGUUUAUCCCUUAAGUUGGAUCAAAGAAAUGGAAGUAAAGGCAGAAGAAAUAGUUUGCAGCUAUGACUUUCCUGAAACUUUGGAUAAAAAUUCAAGCUGCUCACUGUGUGUUGACAAAGAUCAUAAAACUAGCACAUACAAGCAGUUACAGGAAGCAGCUCAAAGAGAAGAUUCUAAUGAUAAUUACUUAUUUUAUCCUACAGUUUUGGACAUCAAUAGCAAUCAUUUUGAACACUUUCAGAAACACUGGGGAAAAGGACAUCCUGUAGUAGUGCAAGAUGUGCUCCAAAGUACGCCAAGCCUUAGUUGGGAUCCGCUGGUCAUGUUCUGUACUUAUCUUGAGAGGAGCAUGACAAGAUAUGAGAAUAAUAAGGACUUACUUGAAGCUUGUUUGGAUUGGUUUGAGGUGGAGAUUAAAAUUAGGCAGUAUUUUACUGGGUCUCUUAAAUGUCAACCUCAGAAAAAUACUUGCCAUGAGAUGCUGAAACUUAAAGGGUGGUUGUCUUCCCAACUAUUCAAAGAACAGUUUCCAGCUCAUUUUGCUGAAAUUAUUGAUGUUCUUCCAAUUCAAGAAUACAUGAAUCCCUUGUCUGGUCUUCUGAACUUAGCUGCAAAUUUGCCACCGGGGAGUACAAAGCAUGACAUAGGACCAUAUGUUUAUAUUUCAUAUGGCUGUGCUGACAAAGAAGUUGAUUCUGUGACAAAUCUGUGUUACGACUCAUAUGACAUGGUUAAUAUUAUGGCACAUACCAUGGACAUCCCUCUGUCUACGGAUCAGGUUACUAAAAUAAGUAAGUUAUUGAAAAAACACAAAGCUCUAUGUCGAAGGGUAUCUUCCAAAAUUACAAAUGAGCAUGCAGAAGACAGGGAACAAAAUGAAAUGCAUAGUAUAAUAAGAGAAGAAAUCGACUUUUUAAAGAGAGUCAGUAGAACAUCUUGCAUCUCUACUGAAGCCAACACAAUAUCUAAUCGGAAUUUAGACAGAAAUAUUUCUGAUGAUGAAGAAUGUUAUUCCAAUUCUGAAACUGAAAAGGCACAAAGCUCUUUAACUUUCCACAGGGCAGUUCUAAGCACUGAAAUAUGUCCAGAUCAUAAUCCUAGAAAUCCCUUAGAAAACUCAAACACCGAUAAAAUGAAGUUUACUGAGAAUUCUGGUGCCCAGUGGGAUGUCUUUCGAAGACAGGAUGUGCCAAAGCUCUUAGAAUACCUUAAAAGACACUCUCAUGAAUUUUCUUAUACUAGUGAACAUCACGAGAAGAUGGUUCAUCCAAUUCUAGAUCAGAGCUUCUUCCUUGACAAUGCUCACAAGAUUAGACUUAAGGAAGAGUUUAAAAUUGAACCAUGGACUUUUGAGCAACAUGCUGGGGAAGCUGUCAUCAUUCCUUCCGGAUGUCCAUACCAGAUUAGGAAUCCUAAGUGUUGUGUUCAUGUGGAAUUGGAAUUUGUGUCCCCCGAGAAUGUUAAUGAGUGUAUCCAAUUGAUUGAUGAAGUCCGGCUGCUUCCAAAAGACCAUAAAGCAAAAGUGGAAAAGCUGGAGGUGAAAAAAAUGGCCCUUUAUAGCAUGAGUACAGCAAUAAAAGAAAUACAUGAGCUUACAUGCAAAACAUGAUUGCACGAGCUAAAAUACAUGCUUAAGAUGCUUCUAAUCUUCUCGUGUCUCAGCUUCCAUACCAUGUAUUUUUUAUUUAUUUUUUUGUAUAGAAUAAUUCUAGAGCUCGUUUUAAGAUUUAGCAAGGUACUUAAAUUGGUUACUACCGGUUUCUAUUCCAUUUACUUUGUAUUUUCUUACUUAAACCUGAAAUAAAUAUUGCUUAGUCUGUA